AUGUCGUCAAAGAAGCCCUUAGAGCAAACCACACCCACCGCAUCUUCCAUGGCGGCGGAGUUCUUUCAGCAGGAAAUGAAUAUACACCAGUCGGAAGAUCUCAAGGCCAAGACUAUAGUUGUUGUUCAUGACGCCUGCUACGGCCAUCGUUUUUCGCGACCACGAACCUCUAAAACUGCCCUGAGCUAUAUUGUCGAACGCCCGGAAAGGAUCCAAGCCUGCGUGCUCGGCGUGUCUGCAGCAUAUGUCCAUAUGGCCUGUCGACACGCUGGGAAACGGUUCGCGCCUCAUCCUGAUCUUGAUCCUCAUCAGCUCCCUGUGCCGCCUUUCCAGAUCCGCAAGACAUCGCGAACUCUUCCUCUCAGCUCUGCAGCUGUGACCCAUGUGCAUGGGACGAAGUGGAUGGAAGACCUGAAAACCAUGUGCGACGCAGCAGAGUCACGUCUUGCGUUGAACGGGAAGGAGUUGGUUCGGCCACGCAGUUCAGGAAAAGACAGUGACUCGACAAAGAAAGCCCCGCUCAACGAUGGCGAUCUAUAUCUGUGCGCUGAAUCGUUGAAUGCCUUUGAAGGUGCGCUCGGCGGAGUCUGCGAAGGUAUCGACGCCGUGUUCAGUCCUGGUGCGACACAAAGAGCGUUUGUUUGCAUUCGUCCCCCAGGCCAUCAUUGUUCUGUCGCCCAGCCAUCCGGAUUUUGCUGGAUCAAUAACGUCCACGUGGGCAUCACUUAUGCUGCCAUGACGCACGGCUUGACCCAUGCUGCCAUCUUGGAUUUUGACCUCCACCAUGGCGACGGCUCGCAGGACAUUGCGUGGGAGCAGAACCAGAAAGCAUUGUCGGCAGUCUGGAAUGCGGCCAACCACAAGAAAACCAGGAUCGGCUAUUUCAGCUUGCAUGACAUCAACUCGUUUCCCUGUGAGGGUGGUGAUCCGGAGAAAGUGCGUAACGCGAGUGUCUGUAUUGACAAGGCGCACGGGCAGUCGAUCUGGAAUGUUCAUCUGGAGACGUGGAAGGAUGAAGCGGAGUUCUGGGAAAUCUACGGAUCUAAGUAUACGUUGAUACUGGAAAAGGCACGCGCAUUUCUGCGACUCCAUACGGAACGCCUACUUCAGGCCCCCCAUGACACGCCACCCAAAGCCGCAAUCUUUAUCUCCGCAGGGUUUGAUGCUAGCGAAUGGGAGGGAUCCGGUAUGCAGAGACAUCAAGUGAACGUUCCAACCGAGUUCUACGCCAAGUUCACUGCUGAUGUUGUUCGGAUGGCGGAGGAGGAGGGUCUGGGAGUGGAUGGGCGCGUUAUCAGUGUUCUUGAAGGAGGCUAUAGUAACCGCGCGUUGACCAGUGGAGUUCUCAGUCACCUGGCCGGUCUGGGAGAUAAAACAACCAUGCUGGCCGAUGUUAACGGUACACAACAGGCGGGCCUGGCGUACGAGAUGUUUGACCGUCUGCAUAUCGCGGAACACGCUUCAACAGAAACUAGGCGCACGCUGUCUGAUGUCGAAUACGAUACUGAGUGGUGGGCAUCAACCGCGCUUGAGGAUUUGGAGGCGCUUGUCUAUGCACCUGCUCCCCACGUUUCCAAGUCGAAGUCAGCUCCUACUUAUUUUGCGCCCACGCGGUCCUUCACGGCUAAAGUUGUCCCCUCCUCCCGUGAUCGAAGAUCGAGUGGCUCCCAGACGAGCUUGGAUGCCAUACCAUUACCAGAGAUACCCUGGACUACCGCAGCGCACGAGCUGUCCAAGAUACUCAUCCCCAGCCACCGGCAAGUUUCAAGUUAUCGUCCAGAAGAGCUUAAUGCUGAAGCCUCACGCCUACGGCGGGAACGUCACACGGCUGCAGUCGCUGCUCAAAAGCCCGGCAACGUACCAGGAGCGGCAACAGCGCCGGAAGCAAGUCGGAUGCAACUCCGCACUCGCAAGCCCAAAACCUCUCUUCCCAGUUCCCCACAGGUGGAAACACCGAAGAAGCAGGUCAUGAAGAGCAAUCGAAGGACCACUAUCGACCCUGCUAGUGAUCUUCCAGGCUCAUCCACUGACCGUUCGCCUAUUAUUAAGACCACUCGCAGAAAGAGCGCAACCUCAACGCCGGUCGCUUCUGGAAAGGUUGUUGCAAUCGAGACUGCUCAAGGGCAGCCCGGAGCUUUAACCACGAUAAGCGAUAGAUCCGCGAUGUCGGAAGUGGACGCGAAGAACCGGCCUUUAGUAUCCAGCGGCAGCCGCCGACCUAGCACGUCUCGUGUAACCACGCCCAAGCUCUCUGAGAGCAAUGUGCCUCCAGUGCCUCCAUUACCUCCAGCGACGUCCGUGCCAUCUACUGUCACACGUGACUCCCUAGGCGACGAACUGCGAACACUUCUGGAUGAUGGAAAAAUGACCACUGCGCAAGAUGGUGAAACAAAGCGUGCAGAUGUAGAUGACUUGACCGCUGGCGUCAAAAAACUGAGCAUCAAGUUGAAGGUACCGACACCGGAGGAGCACGCUGCUCGCGAGAAAGAGAGGAAAGCAGCCGAGGACCGCAAGAGACGUACGUCCAAGGGAACAACUUCCAGACCUCGACUGCCCAAAAAGGCUUCGAGUGCCGUCGCGGGCUCACAGACAUCUGUUGCAAAACAAACCUCUCGACCAUCAUCCAGUCGCGGCACUCAACAGGCACCCGACUUCAAUCGAUCGACUCAGAGCGCACCGAUCGAUAUCAUCAAGCAGGAAAGUGAGGAGAUGCUGCAUGAAGAUCCCAUUGCAUCAUCGCCUGAUCCCCUCGUGGAACCUGGAAUGCCGCAGCUGAAUAAUGUCACUAUCCAACGGCCUCGCUGGGAAAGGUCAGUUUCGGCUUCUGCUUUAGCUCCAGAGUCUUCCUCUGUGCCGGUAACCUCGCCUACCAUGGCGCAAGAAUCCAUUCCUGUCCAAUCUAAGGUAUACGCGCCACCGACUACCGCAGGCCAGACGAUGAAAGGCUUCCCUGUGUUCACCGCGAGCGGGCCGAUUCCAUUUGCGGCAGCAGGUCUUGAUAAUAGCAACCAGGAAAAUUGGGCGUCACCUUCUCAGGACCAUUCUUCUCAGCCUGAUUCUGAUCAUUACCCCAAUUAG